CCGCACGGCGGUGGCGGCUGCCGGGGGCGGCGGCGGUGGUGGCGGCGGACUGGGGAGGCGGCGGCCUGGCUCGGCCUGGCCUGGCCUGUCAGGGCGCGGGCGGCCGCGGCUCCAGCACCAUGUCCCUGCAGUACGGGGCGGAGGAGACGCCCCUCGCCGGCAGUUAUGGCGCGGCGGACUCGUUCCCGAAGGACUUCGGCUACGGCGUGGAGGAGGAGGAAGAGGAGGCGGCAGCCGCGGGCGGCGGGGUUGGGGCGGGGGCCGGCGGAGGCUGCGGCCCGGGGGGCGCUGACAGCUCCAAGCCGAGGAUUCUGCUCAUGGGGCUCCGGCGCAGCGGCAAGUCCUCCAUCCAGAAGGUAGUGUUUCAUAAAAUGUCACCCAACGAGACCCUCUUUUUGGAAAGUACCAACAAGAUUUAUAAAGAUGACAUUUCCAAUAGCUCCUUUGUGAAUUUUCAAAUAUGGGACUUUCCUGGACAAAUGGACUUUUUUGACCCAACUUUUGACUACGAGAUGAUCUUCAGGGGAACUGGAGCAUUGAUAUAUGUCAUUGAUGCACAGGAUGACUACAUGGAGGCUUUAACAAGACUUCACAUUACUGUUUCUAAAGCCUACAAAGUUAACCCAGACAUGAAUUUUGAGGUUUUUAUUCACAAAGUUGAUGGUCUGUCUGAUGAUCACAAAAUAGAAACACAGAGGGACAUUCAUCAAAGGGCCAAUGAUGACCUUGCAGAUGCUGGGCUAGAAAAACUCCACCUUAGCUUUUAUUUGACUAGUAUUUAUGACCAUUCAAUAUUUGAAGCCUUUAGUAAGGUGGUGCAGAAACUUAUUCCACAGCUGCCGACCUUGGAAAACCUAUUAAAUAUCUUUAUAUCAAAUUCAGGUAUUGAAAAAGCUUUUCUCUUUGAUGUUGUCAGCAAAAUCUACAUUGCAACAGACAGUUCUCCUGUGGACAUGCAAUCGUAUGAACUUUGCUGUGACAUGAUUGAUGUUGUGAUCGAUGUCUCUUGUAUAUAUGGGUUAAAGGAAGAUGGAAGUGGAAGUGCUUAUGACAAAGAAUCCAUGGCCAUCAUCAAGCUGAAUAACACAACUGUCCUCUAUUUAAAGGAGGUGACUAAAUUUUUGGCACUGGUCUGCAUUCUUAGGGAAGAAAGUUUUGAACGAAAAGGUUUAAUAGACUACAACUUCCACUGUUUCCGAAAAGCUAUUCAUGAGGUUUUUGAGGUAGGGGUGACUUCUCACAGGGGCUGUGGUCACCAGACCAGUGCCCCCAGCCUGAAAGCGUUGACACACAACGGCACGCCGCGAAACGCCAUCUAGCCUGCAUUCCAGUGGCCGGGGCUCUGCGCCAGCUUAGCCUUCACUCCAGGGUCAGGUGCCACGUGCUACAGGACGUGGGAGUUGUGCUUGUGGGAACCUGGUGCCUGUUCCACUAGUGACAAGGGGUGGAGUUUCCUGUUUGGAUGAAAACCCCUUCAGCCAUGGUGUGCAACUGAAGCUACUAUUUCUUUUCUAAAAAAAAAAAAAGAUUGCAAAAAAUUAUAGAGACCACAGAACUCAAGUGUGUCUUUCUCCUCUUUGGGGUCCUACUUUAAGUAGCUGGGCUGUUUUGGAUCUGGAGAUAACACCACUUACUCAUCCUUUCCAGGGAAUGUUGCCAUCGACUACCAGUUGAAAAUAAUAGAAAGGACUGAAUUUUUAUAUGCUUUGCUUAGAUUUUCAUUUGAGUAGUCUCUAAAAAGCCUGCCUUGCUUAAGUUCUAACACUGCCUCUCAGAUUUCAGUUUUGGACCUUGUACACCUAAGACCUUCUAAAUGCAUCUGCUUGCUAACUCAGAAGACACGUGGCUUGACUGCAGCAGAGGACAUUCCUCUAUUUGUUUCUGAAGAAAUGAGAACAUUUUAUGCUGCAUCAAGUCAAGAGCAAGGCUCCACAGUGGCUGCAUUAGUUCCUUGGAAGUGUUGAGGAACAAACUUCAAAACAGAAGAAAAACUUUGCACCUGUAUUUUGGGUACCAGAUAUCUGAGUUCUUUUUCCUACAUUAGAUAAAUGAUUCCGAUCACUGUAACAAAGGGAAUUUAAGAAAGUUUUCCCACAGUCUUCUAGGAGAGAAACUCAUUAUGUCACUGAAAUAAUUAGCUCACUUUUCUUUAAACUUGAUACCAGCCCCCACAUACCUUUUAUUCUGAGCUAUUGAGAUUCUUUACGAAUGGCUGUUUUGUUGACCAUGAAUGACCCUGAGGCACCGAUGGCCUGUGCCCUGGGUGUUGAAGAGAGCAUGUUGGCGCCACGACGCAUGUCGGUAAACAUCCUUCCUCUCCGAGAGCUGACACCGGUGGUCACCUGCGGUACUUUCUUCACCUAGGAUGUUAAUUCGUAAUAGUUUUCUUUUUGUUGAAGGUUGAUAACUCUUUCCAUUGAUUGAAAGUUAACAUUAUUUUUACGCCAUAUACUCAGUAGACAUAGAUUCCGAAGCCCCCGGACCACUUGAGUACAUAAGUGCCACUGUUAAAUGAAAUAUGUAUAUUCAGGUCUGCAAACCUAACCGCGCGACUUGGCGUGCUUCCUGCAGAAGAGUCUGACUGUUGAGUAUUUACAUGGACCAUGGAGAUAUCCAAAAGAAAAAUGCUUUUAUAUUUAUAGAUUGUUUCAUUGAACUAUAUAAAAUGGGUAUCAAUAAAUGUAUUUACUCCAGAA